UAUUGUUGUGAGUCAGUCUUUCAUUCGGCAUUGUACGAUAAUUCUUGUAAAAUUCUAUUUAAAAAUCCAUCGCUGAAUUAGUACAAAUAAUGUAAAAUGGCCAUUAAUUUAGAAAAACAUCGAGAAGCCUUGGUAGCGGCAUGGAAGGAUGUACUGGACGAAAAAUCUGACACCAACUGGGCUCUUUUUGGCUACGAUGGUUUGUCUAAUGACUUGAAGUUCGUGAGUAAAGGCGAUGGUGGCCUCAUCGAGCUGAUAGACGACUUCAACAGUGGCAAGAUACAGUACGCGUUCCUCAAAGUGGAUCUGCCCGACGGCACUAUAUCCAAAUAUGUGCUUAUCAAUUGGCAGGGUGAAGGCGCACCGACAGUACGUAAGGGUACGUGCGCGAACCACGUGCAGCACGUGGCUCAGCUGUUCACCGGCUUCCACCUGACGAUGCACGCGCGUACAGAAGAUGACCUCGAAGAGAAGAUGAUCCUCGAUAAGCUGGCCAAGGCUGGGUCCGCUUUCAACUUCAAGAGUAGCCGACACGAAGAGAUACCCCCGAGUGGACCUGUCGGCACUGCAUAUAGGAAAGUUAAUCCAGUUCAAGAAAUCAAUUCCAAAGAACGAGACCAGUUCUGGUUGAAAGAGGAACAGGAGGAGAAAAAACGUGUUGAAGCUGAGAAAAGAAGACGAGAGGAGGAGAAGAGAAAAUCGGAGGAAGAAGUAAGAAGGAGAGAUGAGCUGGAAGCAGCGAGAAGAGCUAAAGCAGAAGAACAGAAGCGCGUGCAGUCGGAUGCGGAGGCGGAGGCGGGCGAUGCGGGUGCGGAGGUGCGCGAGGCGGAGGCGGAGGCGGGCGUGAGCGCGGGCGAGGCGCUGCGGAGGCAGCGGUCGGCGGAGGCGCGCCGCCUCAUCGGCGCCUCCACAGCCGCAGCGAGGGCUCUCUUCCAACAGAACUUAGCACAAGGACAGAUGUCCACUAGAUCGAACUCUAUACCAGAGAAGCCAGUCCGCAGUUCAGUGAUCGCGCAACGGAUCAACACUUUCUCACAAAACGCACAAUCUUACACAUCUAUCAAAUCUCCAACAAAAACACUCGAACAACCGAAACCAGAAGAAAACGAAAGCAAAACAAGCCCAUUGAAGAACAUAGAUAAAAUCAAAAUGAGUCUAGAAAGACCUUCGCAGAUACAAUACGAACCGAUAAUAGAUCCUUCAGUCGAUCUCAGUCCCAGUACAGAAGAACCGAGUUCCUUCAGCGCUAUCAACUAUUCAGAAUAUAACGAAUACAAUAACGAAGUGUUAAAGCAAAGUGAACCGAUGAUCAAACAGAAUAUUCUAGAGAAUGAUAUGUUUGACGCAUCAUAUUCCAGUUCCAAUGAAAAUGAUGAUGAUGACAGUGAUAAUAAGUUCAGUACAAUAAAGCGGUCUCCCUACACGAAGGACACCGAGGCGAGGUCGGAACUCAGCAGACAGAAUACUGUCAUUGAAAAUGUACAUUAUAAGAAAGAAAAUGGAACCACCACCUUAGAUGACGUGUCCCCCGAGGGUCUGGAGGAGGAGGGCAACAUCUACGAGGACCUGGACGACGACCCCGGCCUCACGGCGCGCGCGCUCUAUGACUACCAAGCAGCGGACGAAUCAGAAAUAACCUUCGACCCUGGUGAUAUAAUAACGCACAUCGAGCAGAUAGACGCGGGCUGGUGGCAGGGGCUGGGGCCCAGGGGGGUGUUCGGUCUCUUCCCCGCCAACUAUGUGGAACUAUUACCCUGCCAUCCACGUUAAUGUAACCCAAGGUAAUCGUAUGUACUCCUAAAUAUCCUGUAUACUGUAUUUGUAAUUUAUGAUUGUAUGACGCAAAAUGUAAAGACAUUUGACUGGUCACAUAUUUUUUUUAUUGUAAUUGUAUUUUUUAUCUGUAAAAGAAAUUUGUAGACACAUUUUAUUGAUUUUUAUUU